AUGACGAACAUCUGGGCAGCCGGGGUGGGGGUCCUCCUCCGCCUUGGGUUCUGCCCUUCAAUGUUGCCCGACCUCCGAGCGCAACGUGACAUCUGGAACCCCAGGACAGGCCGACUCUUUUCCUUCGACACAACAUCACAUCAUUCGCGAAUUGAAAUUGUCCUUCUUUUUCGCGAAUACCGACCCAAUGUCCUCCUGGCCCACCACCAUUGGAGAAUGACAGCACAAAUCCUGGCCGCGGAAUUGGGUAACCUCAUUCAAGACUCCAAGCGCAAGAACACCGAGUUACGGAAUGCUGCAGAGAAGGCUUUACAAGACCUGAAGUCACUGGCGAACACUUCUGAGGCUCAACUUUCUGCCGGCAAGCAAAAUCAACACCACUCUUUGUAUGCAUCACUAAUCUCUCGCAAAGAUCUCUCCAGGCGUCCGCACUUCAUUUCACCCUUUCUCAUCGCUUGUGGCACUCGCAAUGCUAAAGUCGGCCUCAUCAAGUAUGAAUUUCGACAAGUGGAAGUCUGCAGACGCUCGCUGACAUCUGGAGGUCACGAUAUACAGGUGAAGAUUCUCCAAGCUUUGCCUUCGCUACUUCAGAACUACUCCGCAGAGAUACGUGGAGAGCUCUUGUCAACAGUGUUGAAUAUCUGCUCCGGCCUACAGAGUGCAAAGAAUUUCGCAGUUAGCAAUACUGCAGCUGCGACAUUGCAACAACUAGUCAUCAGCGUAUUUGAUAGAGUCGCCUCCGAAGAUGAGAAGGCGCUGGAAAUUCCCACUGUGGCCGAGGUUAAAGUAGACGAUGGCCAAGUUUCCUUGCGGCCAGCAGCCAACGAUGCUUACAAGAUGUUUAAUGACCUAGUUCUACUUGUGAUGGGAGACAAGCCAAAAUUCAUGAGGUUCUCAUCGCUCCCACCAUCAUCAACUUUGGAAUUGAUAGAGGCAGUACUAUCCAACCAUUACAAAGUCAUGACUACCCAUACCGAGCAGGUCUACCUCCUUCGCAGUCAACUUAUGCCCCUGAUUAUACGUUCGCUGUCCGACCGUCUUUCAUUUCCAGUAACUGUGCGAAUCAUGCGAAUAUUACACAUGAUCAUUCGACAUCAUCUCAACAUUCUCCCCUCGGAAUGUGAGAUCGCGCUCGGGCUUUUGAACCACAUGUUAGACCCCGAGGCCUCACAGUUGUGGAAGCGGGCACUCUGUUUAGAAGUAUUUCGCAGCAUCUACGCCGAUUCAAGACUGCUUCUCGCCAUUUACACACUCUUCGAUGCACAAGACGGCAAAAAGAAUGUAUUUGGAGAUAAUUUGGCAGCGUUCGUUCGACUUGCGGUUGAGAAACCUGCCAUCAUUGGGCUUGGACAACAAUCUACGGCGACUGCAAAUAUAGACGAUGGUAGGAAUUCUGAACAGGCUGUCGUAGAAGCAGGCGCUCUUGCUGGCGUUAUAGGAGGCUCUGUAGCUGAUGGCUCCAGCGGCGCUCGGCCAUUAGGGAUUAGCAUGCAGUGGAGCAGUCUGAAGACUCCUUGCAUAGAGCACCUCGACAAGUCAGAUCCUCCAACAUUGCCAGAUACGUACGUGUACAGCCUGGUACUUACAUGUAUCACAAACAUCUCUGAGAGUCUAGCUAAAUUCGUCCUCCCUCUUACUGUUCACCACGAAAGCAAGAACAGGAAGAAACCAAAAGGAGACGAAGCAAUCGAGGCCGACACAGAAUCUGAAUCAACAAAUACUGGCGGCCGUCGGCUCUCAAGAACACAAUCAUUUCGAAGAAAGACUAUUCCCGUCAACCCACUUGACCUAAAGGAACACUCCUCUUACGUCUAUGUGCAAACAUCAUCCACGAUGGUGAAUGAAUGCUGGCCUGCGGUCCUUGCGACAUGUUCGACCUUUCUGAACGCUGCCUUGGACAAUGAGUAUUAUCGUGCGCUUGUGCGAGCUAUACAGAAGUUUACUCAAGUAGCUGGACUGCUCAGACUAUCUACUCCUCGUGACGCCUUUCUUACCACCCUCGGCAAGGCCGCCGUCCCUGCAAACUUGUUGUUAGUGAACGCAUCGUCUACCAAAGCUGGACCGAACGAACGGCCUGGAGCCUUUGCUAAUGCGAAAGCGCUACUCAGUGUCGACAGUCUCGUCAGCCAAGCAGCCUCCUUAUCGGUGGAUAAAGGUCAGCGUCCAUCACAUGAGGCAGCUCUACCUACGCUGAAUUCUCGCAAUUUACUAUGCUUACGGGCUUUACUCAACUUGGCAAUUGCACUAGGGCCAACGCUCCAGUCUGCCUGGUCCAUUGUCUUUGAAACGCUGCAAGUCGCUGAUCUAGUAAUGGCGCUCUCAGAUCACAACGCAAGUCGUACACCUGGGGGACCUGGAGGUCGUCAGGAUCCGGAUGGAGGCGCUGAGAAACUCGACGCUGAGACCUCAGCUGUACAGGCAGCCGCUCGGCGGUUGUUCGAGAGCACGGUAGACUUCCCGAAUGAAUCAUUCAUUGAGGUCUUGGAAGCUUUGUGCUCGCUCCUCAAUGGGGCUCCCUUACCUGAGAGUGGCGAAAGACCGCCAACGAUAUCGACUCGCCCACAAAUCCUACAUCAACGUAGAUUAGGGAGUGUGUCGGGUAUGACAUCAGGCGCAGAAACUAAUUCGCGCGACUCGGCUUUCGCACUGAAUAAGAUCGGUGAUCUUGCUACUUUGAACGAGAGUAGACUUGCCCAGUAUGAUCCGACUGAAAGCGGCUGGACAAUCUUUGUCACAGCAACUGUGCGCUUCUCCUCAGACAGCCAAAAGGCCACAACUACAAGGCUACUUGCGGCUGAUAUACUCUCACGGGCAGUCAGAGACAUCGCGGAGAUGUCCAUGUCUGACGAGCACCGCGAGGCAAUCCAAGCUCGUGCGCUUGCUGCACUGCAGGAACAAAUUGGAUCUCUCCAUCGCCCUAGGACAGACAAUGGCGAUGCCAUCAAUGAUACCGACAUCAAAGUUCACCAUAUAGCACUUGAAGCACUCAGGGGUGUGAUUGAGCAGUGCGGUGAAUCUUUGGUGGCUGGUUGGGGAUCCGUCAUCGACAGCUUGACGAGUGUCUUCAUGACAAAAGAUGUUAACAUACCCGCCGACCGUGAAACCGCUGUGGCAGCAGCAGAUGGAUCGCAGCACUCGAUAUCCGCAGUGACGGUCAUAUCAAGAUCGCUAGCCCGAUCUGCUUUUGUGACUACGAACCUCAUAUGUUCUGAUUUCAUGUCUGCUGUACCCGACAAAUGUCUUUCGACGUUGCUGAAGCUCUUACUCAAUUUUUGUUCACAGCAAGAGGACCUGAACAUGUCGCUGACCGCUAUCACGUUCUUCUGGAACGUGUCUGAUUACCUCCGAUCCCGAGGUGACCUAUCUACUUUGGUCACCAUGCUCGAGACUACUCAGCAGCAGGAUGAAAUCUGCAAAGUAGUCUCAGACCGCUCCCUCGAAGGACAUAUUGCGGCCUUGUGGCUUCAGGUCCUUUUAGACCUCUCAGCUGUGACCAUUGACCAUCGGGCAGAGGUGCGAAAUUCGGCUAUUCAGACUGUGCAACGGAUUUUUGAAAACUAUGUUGAGCAGCUAUCUUCUGAUGCGUGGCUACUGUGCCUUCGUGUUGUAUUGUUCGGGAUGGUGCAAAGCAACCUGGAGGUUCAGCGUAGGACCAUGGGCAAAUCACGGAGUACACAGGAGACCAAAGAGUGGGAAGAAACCUCAAAAGUCAUACUGCAUACCAUAGGCAUCCUGAAAACGACGUACAUGGAAAAGCUCGAUGCCUCCCAAGUCAGCGAUGCAUGGUCGGAACUCCUGGAUCAUUUACAGCAAUACUUUGAUUGCGGCUCCCAUGCAUUAGCCGCUUCAGUAUUAGGUACUCUAACCAGAGUACUGUCACAUACAAGCAUUGAGUCGAAAUGGAAUGAGUCUUGUCUGCUCAAAACUGCUGGCGUAUGGAAAAGCUACUUCGACUCUCGCAAGAAAUGGCAAGCCACUACUGAGAACAAUCAAGAGGCAUUUGUCUCUUACGCUGACGCGUUCAUUGCACUCUACCGUAUAUCUGAUAAUUUACUGGGUGUGGAGCUCCCACCAAUGCUUGCAGCUCUGGAGGCUUGUGUCAUCGACUCGGAUCCCGUUGCUUACUCUAGCGAUGUGGAUAGCAUGACAUCUUUGCAGAGCCGAAUCAUGGAGUGCCUGGCUAUGGUGAAGACAGAGAACUCCAAACUGCAUUGUUAUCUCAUACAGCUCUUGAGCCGUUUUGUCUUGCUACCCUAUACGUCAUUCGACGAAGAGUCUGACAAGCGCGGACCAACCUUUGUCGCACUGUCGAAAGCUUCAAUGACGCUACUGCAAAAGGUCACUGUCGAAAAUAUCGACGACCAAGACCUAUACACAAGCGGAGCUUUCUCGUCUGCAUUGAGUAGCCUGGCAACUCCGAUAAGCAAGAAGUAUGUGUGGCAUCUCGAGGGCAAAUCGCCAACCUUGUGGCAGAGGGCUACAACGACCGCGAUAGCCAUACUCGGCAGUGGACUACCAUAUGUCAAAUCUAACAAAGAUAUAUGGGCUGUCAUAAUCGACAUUGCGUACUCUACGACACGGGCCCAACUAGGUGCUUCGGCCCAACUUCCUCCAUCUCUCGAAAAAGACGAGGCAUUCGAUAUACAAUCCUAUAGAGAACUUCGUGAUCUCAUCACUUUACCACUGGGCUCGACUUCAAUUCCAGAUAAUAUACGCAGGACCUAUACUCGUAACCUUUUCUCAACAUCACUCAUCCAUACACCGCUAUUAGGGGAAUUGCCCGACCUAAGCCAUUCACCUCUGGAUGAGCUCUACAACAUACGACUCGGACAAACCACUGAACUGGUAUCGACACUAAGAAGCGAAAUGAGCUAUUUCUGCAUAUCCGAGCUAUUCAGCCUGGUCGCAGUACACGACAACAGCCCGGAACGCGUCAAGCUUGCGCAGGCAGCUGCACCUUAUCUCAUCUUGCGCACUGCGCUCCCGCUCAAAACGUAUAUUGCCGAUCACCCUCUGCGUGGCAGGAUGCCUGCACCUGACUCACAGGUACGAGAGCUGCUGUUCGUGCUGGUAGAAUUGGGAAAGUUGAAGAGCGAACCACAAGCGAUUCCUGAUGCUCCUGGAGUGAAGUCUAGGCACAGGAAGCAUCUGCAAAGAUUGUAUCCACUGUUGCUCAAGGCCUCACGUGUUGCUAGACACGAUACAGAGACAUUUGAGCGUAUAGCGGAGUUGAUGGAUGUGGUUGGAGAUGAAUUUGGGUUGGGCGAUGGCCAUGCAGUUCCAAAUGUCAAGAUGCGAUUCAACAUGUGUCGAGCGACCUCGGUUCGGCUAUACACUUCCACAGACUCCACCUCCACCUUCACGCUCCCCCUCCACAUUCCCAGCUUUAUAACCGGCACAUCACCAACAUCGGCAUCAUGUAGCUCCUCCACCCAAAGCAGAGCCCUAUCGCUCCCCCAACCCAUAUCCUCCUUUCAACCAACUCAUCCACCACCACCUCUCCCCCAACCCCCGACAACAGCCAUGACCACCCCGCCCUCCCCACCCCCAAACCCCAUUCCCUUCUCCGAACCCCCCUACCUCAGCGGCCUUCCCUCCCCCUACCACAAGCCCACGCACAUACGCUGGCAAAAGGCGUGCCGGGCCUUUAUUGAAGAACACCUCCUCCCGCAAGCGCUCGAAUGGGACACUGCGGAGACAUUACCCGAGCAUGUGUUUGAGACGUUUGCGCGGGCCAACAUGUUGGUACCAAGCUUGCCGGCACCGUUGCCAGUAGAGUGGUUGAAGAGGUUGGGAGUGAAGGAUAUUCUCGGGGUGGUGGGGGUAGAGGAGUGGGACUGUUUGCAUGGCAUGAUAUAUGCAGAUGAGAUGGCACGAACCGGUCUCGCCGGCCCCUCGGGCUCCCUCACAACAGGCAUGUCCUUUGCCGUGCCCCCACUCCUCAACUACGGAUCCCCCCAACUCCAAGAACGUUUCCUGCCCGACCUCCUCACGGGCAAAAAGCGCACCUGCAUCGCCAUUACCGAACCCGAUGCCGGCUCCGACGUGGCCAACAUUGCGACUACGGCGGUCAAGACCGCAGACGGGAAACACUACGUCGUCAAUGGGACGAAGAAGUGGAUUACGAAUGGAAUUUGGAGCGCGUACAGCACCAUGGCUGUGCGGACGGGUGGGCCGGGGGCACAGGGGCUGUCGCUGCUGGUUGUCCCGCUCAAGGGGUAUCCGGGUGUUAAGAUGCGGCGGUUGAAAGUUGGGGGCCAGGUAUCGGCUGGGACUACGUUUAUCGAGCUGGACGACGUGAUGGUUCCUGUUGAGAAUUUGAUUGGAGAGGAGGGCAUGGGUAUGAAAUACAUCAUGACAAACUUCAACCACGAACGCCUCACCAUUGCCAUCGGCGCAACCCGUCAAUCCCGCGUCGCCCUCUCCACCGCCCUCUCCUACACCCUAACCCGGCACGCCUUCUCCGCCCCCCUAAUCACCCAACCCGUAAUCCGGCACCGCCUCGCCCGCGCCGGCGCCCAACUCGAAUCCCUCUCCGCCUGGCUCGACGCCUUUGUCUACCAGCAAACGCUGCUGGCGCCGGACCGUGCCGCCGUGCUGCUGGGUGGUCCGACGGCUCUGCUAAAGGCCCAGGCGGGCAUCGUGUUGCAUGAGUGUGCUCAGGUGGCGAUGCUGUUGUUGGGUGGGAAUGGGUAUACGCGGAGUGGGCGGGGUGAGCUGGUGGAGCGGAUUUGGAGGGAGGUGCCUGGGAUACGGAUCCCGGGGGGGAGUGAGGAUGUCAUGUUGGAUUUGGGGGUUAGGAUGUUGGUUAAGCGUUUUGCGAGGGGGAGGGGGGAGGGGGGCUCGUCGAAGUUGUAG